GAAAGCGAGAUGUAGCAAGUUAGUUUGGUUUUAUACGUCCAUGUGUGAUGAAUUCACCUGUAUAUAUUUAAGGUGAUAAUUACGAGUGAUUUUUUUUCCGUGGCGGUAUGUUUUGAGGUUGUUCUCUGGUGAUAGUGGCGGUUGUUGUUGGAGAAACGUCGCCGGUCACCGAUUUUUGGAGUUUUGGUGCGGGGGUAGUAACUUUAAAAGUGUGGAAUAGAAGCGAAAGUAAAUUUGCGCCAGGUGUUGCGGUGGCGGGUAUGACUGUGCAAGACGAAGCUCGUGCAAUGCCGCAAACUGCCGCCACCCGCUCCCGAUUUAUGAUAACGGAUAUCCUUAAUAGUCCUGGAGACGGAGCUGCUGUUCUUCGGGGGCGAUCUCCCAGUCCAGGACCACGAGAUUUAUCCUUACAUUCUGUACCUUUACAUGCUGACAGCGACACUGACAGUUCCGGACAUCCUGACACUUCUAGCGUAUGCUCUAAUGGUCAAAUUAGCGAAGAAUCUUUAAAUUCGUCAAAAAAUUCAAACGGCGCGUUAAGUAAAAAGCAAAGAAAAGCGAGGACGGCGUUUACAGACUUACAGCUACAAACCUUAGAGAAAAGCUUCGAAAGGCAAAAGUAUCUCAGCGUUCAGGACAGGAUGGAAUUGGCAGCGAAACUGAGUCUCACAGACACACAAGUGAAAACGUGGUAUCAAAAUAGAAGGUAA